AUGGAUGUGCUCUUUAAUGCUGGUGCUGAUGUUGAGUUCUACGUAAGGACCAAGAAAGGUCACGAAUUUCGUCAUAUUCAUUUGGCUGAUAGAAUGGGCUGCCUUCCUAUAUUGAAACAGGUGGUCUUGUAUGGUUGUCAAGUUGAUUCAAGGAUCGAAACUGGCGACACAGCUUUGAUGUUGGCUGCCAAAGCUGAUCAAGCUGAUGCUUCCUUGAGCUUAUUAGUUCAGGAGCUGAUUUGGGUCUCAUCGACAAUAAUGGGGAGAGUGCAGUGCAAUUGGCAAAAAAAGGCUAUUGCUACUGGAAGAAAAGUCUGCAUCUUCAAUCUUGUGGUGUUUUCUUUGCUGCACUUUGUUGCUGGAAUCGAAAAUACAGAGCUUUUACAGAUUAUCCUUCAACAUUCGACAGAAGAUAUAAGCAAACAUGAUGGUUUUGGUUUGACACCCACUAUGUUUACAAUAAAAGCUGGCCAUACCGAGGCCUUUCGGCUUUUGAUUGAUGCUGGGGCUGACAUCAAUGAGAGGAUCAGGGAUGGUUAG